CACCGUAUUCCGAGUAAUGAGAGUCGAACAGAAACUGGUGGGAAACAUGGCGAUUGAGUGACUCUGUGCUCCUCAUCACUCAACCGUCCCAUUCCAACACACGCAUCGACGGCCACCAACUCUGAUAAUGGCGAUGGAAAUCCCGAUGGAUGUGAUAAAGCAGGUGCAGAUCUCGCUUCGGAAAGAAGCGGAGCUGUCGUCGUACGACCCAGACGACACGCCGCUGCCGAAUCUACCUUCCGUCAAAGAAACGCUAGCGGAGUUGGAUCCAUCCCCGCCGUACCUGAGGUGCAAGCAUUGCAAAGGGCGGCUGCUGAGGGGCGUUCAGACGCUGACCUGCGUCUUCUGCGGCAGAGAACACUGCAAGGACCACCCUCCCGACCCCAUCAAUUUCCGGGAUACUUUUGGGUACCGUUGGCUGCUCCAGUACCUGAGCUUAAGUGGAUCGGAGAUGGUGGAUUUACCUGUUGGAGCAAAUGAAUUAAACAGAGCACAGACUGCGCCGAAGGAUGAGUUAAGUCUGGCUGAUCUCUUAAAUCUUGAAAUAAAAUGGACCUCUAAGCCAGAGAAAAUUGAGACUGAUCUCCCAAAUGAGAUCCCCAAUCUGCUCAAAUUACCAGAUUUGGCUGGAGUCAAUCUCGACAACUUUUUCUUUGAAGGAAAGAAAGAUGGUGCUUUGAGUAAUUCCGAAGAGUUGUUUGGAUCUAGCACACAGAUUGUCAGUAAAGAGAGUUUCCAAGGUCAUGAAACUCUUAGGUUGUUUGAGAAUGUAAAGCCUUUUGAGACAGUUGUGCAGACUACUGAAGGAGAGAGUGGUGAUUCUGGUUGGCCGGCAAGUUUUCAUUUUGUUGCUUCUGAAUCACAAGCUUCUGGAAACCUUCCUCAAGCUUCUGAAACCCUUCCUCUAGCUUCUAAAAACCUUCCUCAAGCUUCUGAAAUCCUUCCUCGAGCUUCUGAAAACCUCCCUCAAGCUUCUGAAAGCUUUCCCCAAGAAUCAAAAUCCCUUGACCCCUUUGUGGGUUCCACGGUGGAUCUUUCUGCCCACAUAGGCACAGUAUUUGGAACUGUAGUGGACUCAACGAAUGAAAAAUCAAACCAUAGUGUGACUGGGUCUGCAUCCAUGUCCUCCGACUGGUUUCAAGAUGAUCUGUUGGGCGUUUCCAACUCUGGGUUUUCUGGAGGGCCUGAACGGUUGGAAAUCCUUGCUGAGGUGAAGGGUGGAAUAGCUGAAAAUGUGAAUAACUCUUUUCCUGAUGGUGUUGAUUGGGUUCAAAACAACCAAUUGCAGAUCCCUAGCAACAAGGAUCUUGAUAGUAAGACUACUGUGGAGAAUGAUGAUUCGUUUGAUGCUUGGAAUGAUUUCGCAAGAUUGAGUAAUGCACCAAAUCUUGUGGAUAGUUCUGUUAAACAAGGUGGUGUGGAUUGGGUUCAAGACAACCAAUUGCAGACCACUAGCAACAAGGCUCUUGAUAAUAAGACUACUGAUGAGGAUGGUGAUUCAUUCGAUGCUUGGAAUGAUUUUGCUAGCUCGAAGAAUGCAUCAAAUCUUGCAGAUAAUUCUGUAAAACGAAGUAUUAAUCAGACGACAUCUGUUGACCACACUUCAGAAAUAAAUUUGUGCAGCACUAGCAGCUCCGGUGACUUGGAUUUUGGUAGCUUUUUGCAACCAGAUUUCUCAGCAGGAGCAUUGAACAGUUCCAACAGUUCAACUGUCGUGAAUAGAGUGCAGCUAGAGCCUUCUGUAUUAGACAGGUUGGGUGAUGCAAGCACUAACGAUGGAAAAAAAUCUGAAGAUGUGGUGGAGGGCGGAGAUGUUUCCAGCGUAAGAGCAGGGUCAAAAUCUGACGAUGUGGAGAGAAUAAUGUCACAGAUGCAUGAUGUCUCGUUUAUGCUUGAAAGCACUCUUUCAAUCCCUCCCAAGCAAGACGGAUUACAUCCGCCCUCAAAAGAUUGAGACAAAUCAAAGAAAUAUACUGGAAGUUUUUUCUACACGGCGAUCGGAAUGCCUGUGAUCGGACGGUAUGUGCAUUUUAACCAAAAGGCAGCGAGUGCAGAAAGAAUUGAAGAAGAAUAUGAAAUUUUACACGCAAAAACAAACAGAGUUGGGAAGGCGGGGUCUGUAGGACAACCGUGUGACCACUCCAAACAUCACAGGGCUAUUAGUCACUGCUCUGAUCGCACGGUCAUGGUUCAAGUACGGUAAGAAUUGUGAGUACGGAAAUGACUAUAUAAAGGCUGUUCUGGUUCAGCGCAGCGUCGAUGUGGGACUGAUGCUGUUGUUCUUUGUAUAUUUUUGCUGCUCACAAGUCACAACUAUCUGCCAAGGUUUUGCAUUCAAUUCAACCACAUUGAAGCAACUACUAUUAAAAAAAAAAAAAAAAAAAAAAAAAAAAAAGAAUCAAGGAUUCCAAUUCAGAAA